AUGUGGGACAAUGAAUUAAACCUAUCGACGACAUCAGUAUGAAUGUUAAUUACAUAAUUUUCCGUUGUCUACAGCACUCCCAAUCAGAAAACUCCGAAUCCAGCUCAACUUUGCCAUUGGUGGCGUCCCCAAAAUCCAAAGGUAAUUACCUUUCAUUCUAUUAUGCCUUUCGUAGGGCAUAAGAGGAGUACAACCGAACGCAAAAGGAGACACCUGUCCUCCCGCGAAAUGGGGGGGGGGAAAUUUAGAGGCGUUCUACGGUGGUUGAUAGAUAAUUGUAAAGAGAAUACUAAACGGCUAGAGCGGUUUGAGCUGAAGUUGGAUGCUCAAGCAGAAGGACGUGCGAGUGCAGCCAUUUCGUUAUCCACUUCAACAUCUGUGGCUGCACCUUUUAGACGAAUGGCAUGCAUGAGCGAUUUAGAAAGAUUUACAAGUAAACUGACAGACGCAGAUUUUCGGCAGCAGAUGGUAAGUUUCUUAUGACCUACUGAUUUCUCGGAUAGGUUAGCCACUUAGCUAGUUUUGGAGGGCGGACAUUGAGCGCAUUCGUCGACCGAGUUUUCAGCGCCCUAUUUGAAGAUGAAAUAACACAUCAUUUGAUGUUUUACGGUCGACAACACGGGAAGAGCGCAUUCUUCGGCUCCCCAGCCUACUCAGUCGUCCUAGGUAUAAAAACAUAAUUUUCCCAUUUACCAACCGGCUACAUAGAUGUGUUCAAUAGGUGGAAUGCCGAUCACCCUUCAGAUCGGCAUGAUUUAGAGAAAUGCUUUCGUUUAAUGUUCAGAAGGGCCUAUGAUCGGCUACAAAAGAGGACGAAUAAGCUAUCUACGUCACGCCCACUGGACGGUUAGUUACCCUUUCAUAAUCAAACCUCAUGCAUCUAUUAUUUACUUUGACCCAAAUUAACUUGAGUGCACUUUUUAGACACUGCGAAUUCACCAACAUUGCUGAUUACUUUCUGUAUCCUGCAGAGUCAUCAUCCAUACAGGUGUACACAGCCGAUAUCUCGGAAACAAUUGACUGUGCACACUUUCCCAUGACCUUCUCUAAGUACGUUUGCUUUCCUCUAGAUAACUCAUACCUAUUAAUGAAGAUAUUAGGCUAUGAACAGCCAUCCUUUGCCACUAUCAAUCCCGUCCUAUCCAUGGACAAUGCUCGUUGACCCUACAACCACACAGUAUCCAGUGAGUGGUUAACGAGCAUCAAGGGAUGUAGUGGUCGUAGUUAUAGGUAAAGCUACUAACUACUACUUUUUCCCUGUGUGGUUGUAGACAUCCAUGGCUACGACCAUCAGGUCGGGCGGUCACCCUUUUUACCAUGUAAUGUAGGUCUUGUUUCUAGCUUUCCUUUGGAACCAAUGCAUUUAGUUUACCUAGGUAUAGUUAGAAAGAUUUUGCAGUUAUGGCUAAGGAGUCCCGCAGGCAACGAAUAUCGACUGGCGCCUUCAAAUAUCCGCAGCAUUAAUGAGCGACUGUUGUCUUAUAACAGCAGUUUGCCAGCGGAAUUUAAGCAGAAGUCGCGAAAAGUAAGCGAAUUCGAUAGCUGGAAGGCAACAGAAUUUAGAAUGUUCUUACUCUAUACUGCCUGUUUAGCGCUUAAGGAUAUUAUUGUAGGUAAAUAUUAUAGGAAUUUCAUGCAACUAGUUGUAGCUAUUAGAUUAUUAAGUUCUAGCGCUGACUGCGUGCCGCAUGCGGCAUACACGAAGCGUCUAUUAAAACAUUUUAAUUCGUCUUUUCAGCAUGCAUACGGUCCAGAGCACAUGGUGUAUAACAUUCACAGUGUUAUACACCUGCCAAACGAAGUAGAACGGCAUGGACCUCUAGAGUCUUUUUCAGCUUUUCCAUUUGAAAGUUUCUUAGGACGCCUUAAAAGGCUAAUACGUAAGCCAAGUAGUCCUCUUCAGCAAAUUUCACGUAGACUUAGUGAGGGAUUGCUGCAAGAGGAUAAUAGUGGCUCGUCCAGCGACAAGUCAAGCUAUAGAAUAGCCGCAAAUAGUGCGGACGCCUUUAUACGAACAGAAAGUAGGUUAAUGUACGUCAGAUACGUGCAUUCUAGAAGUAUUUCAGGUUUUAACUUGUCAGUAUCCUUAUUUUCUGAUAUUUCUGAUUUUUUUACUUAUUCUUUACCGUCAUCGGUAGCAGAAGUAUAUAAAGCCAGGCUGUCCGAUGACGUAGUUAAGCUAACUAUUUCUAGCAAUUUUGAUAAGUUUAUAGGUUUUCCUGAGGAAGACUACUAUGUUUUAGUUAAAAUCAUUUAAUUGUUUAAGUUUAGUAGACUCUAUAGGUCCGUAUAGCAAUGUGAAUGUUAUACACCAUGUGCUUUGUAUGUAUGUAUGCAUGAACGUAUGCAUGUAUGUACGUACGUAUGUAUGUAUGUUAGGUUGCUGUACAACUGUCCAAUUCGAAUACCUUUCGCGACUUCCGCAUAACUUCUGCUGGCAAAACAGUCGUUCACGGAUGCUUGGAGGCGCUCGUCGGUAUUCGUUGGGUGCGGGAGUCCCAAGCCAGAACUGUAGACUAGGUUAAUGAACUUUUUAGCGCACACGAACACGAAUAAUUAAGUCAGCGAGUAAGGAGCAAUUCUAUAGUUUCAGAAGCACUUGCGACAUUCAUGUGAUCUUCGCCAGUUGAUGACGGAAGCCACAGGAUAGCUGGUUUUAUUGCCCAGUAGGGUGCGAGGAGAGAGCCAGGUGCCCGACUUCUACUUGCCCAGAGCCUCAACUUCUUUCUUACAGCCACCCUAGGGUUGCGUGCUGCACCCCGAGUGCGUUGACAUGACAAACUUAAACCGGCCUCUUUAAAAACAUUGUUUAGUGCACUAUCUCAGACGGGCCAUUGUGCAGUAUCCGCCGGAGGUAUUCGUUUACGCUCAAGCGACUGGUCUUUCAGUGGUAUUCACCGUUGCUCGUGAACCCUACAACCGGACAUACCCUAGCUUCCGGUUCACGAGCAAUGCACACCACCUAGUUUAGACGUCCUUACUAUUGCUCUUUGUCGUGUCCGGUUGUAGACACUAACAUGGCGGAAGUUUGACGUUACAAUGGCAGAGGACGGCAAGUACGGCCUGCCAUGGCGCGCUCGACUUAGUGCCGACAACCUACCGUGGGGGGUUAUUUGCCUUCGCAGCGGGCGGCACCAUACUCGCUAAGGGGUAACUGCUCGACGGACUGACUUACGCUCGGAUAGUUCCCAUGAUCACGGUCGACCAAGCGCCACGUGAACACGCCGCUUAUCGGACAAUGUCACCGAUAAGUGGUGCUCUGCCGGGCCUCUUCCAUACUUAUUUAUAAGCAGAUGCCAUCGGGCGCCCAACUUUCUCUCGACAGGACUGCACCUAGUCAACACUAGCCAUGAGUUUUCCGCGACAAGUUGACUAUAGCCGCAGUGGUCGUCCGUUGCGCGUCGUACACAGCCCGUCAGAGUGGGAGGCGUGGGCUCCGGGUAACGCAGGAGACGUAAGUUGCAUGUUAUACACUGCUAACUCUUUGCUUCCCAGCACACUAGACUGGGCCAACUGGGGAGCAGCAGUACAAUCUCCCCCUUGCCAACGCCACCUCCCAGCAGGUUGCUGGUGCAUUACAACCCGCCGGAGGGACAAUCUACUGGUAUAGUUCAUAUAAUUUGCCUAUUUUAGCCUUGCUUAAUGUGCCCACGAACGUCCAGCAGAAUGAGGCAUGCCCAGGCUGCUGCUGCCACACGCUCGGCCGCCAAGGAAUCGUCAAUGGUAAGUGCAGGCAAUUAUUUAACCCUAUCUCAAGCCGCUAUUACUGGUAUAUGCGCUCGCCUCGGGGCAUCCAGCAGAUGCGUCAGAUGGACACGAGGCCGACCGUGUCGGUGUUGCCAACAAACCCCCUCCCGUCGCCCUUAGAACGCAUGUCGGACUUUGAUAUAUUUGAAGAAAAUAUCCUCAGGGACGACUAUCGUCAGGAAACGGUAAUAUCUCUAAUUUGAUUUACUUUCACUUUCAGAUGGCCUACCUACAAACGGUGGGCGGCAACACGGUCCGGGAGUUUGUCAAACGACAGUUGAGGUCGUUAUUCGCCAAUUCCCUCCUACCGGGAUUUAACCUGAACGGGAGAUAUUCCAAACGCAACUUCCGCCAGACCAACACUUACAUGAUGCUACAAGGUAGGCACAAAUUAACGCAUACUAAUUCACUUCUAUUUAGAUGUAUACAAUCGAUGGAGCGCAGGUCGGCCGUUUACCCUGCUGGAUUUUGAGAAGUCCAUACGCAGUAUACUGAAAUCCGCGGUGACCGCCGCCUCUGUGCAUCGUCGACGACAGGGCGAUCCAGAAUAA